GGCUGUGCGCGCGGCAGCUAUAAGUAGGCGCGCGCGGCUCUCCCCGCAGUUCUGCCACCGACUGAGCUGCAGUCGCGAUGUCGCCCUACCUGGCCUUGGCGCUGCUCGCGCUGUCUCUGUCAGGGCUGGACGCUGUAGAACGUGCUCCAAAAAUUCAGGUUUAUUCUCGUCACCCAGCUGAAGAUGGAAAGCCAAAUUACCCAAACUGCUACGUAUCUGGCUUUCAUCCACCUCAGAUUGAAAUCGAGUUGUUGAAGAACGGAGUGAAGAUGGAGAAUGUGGAGCAGUCAGACUUGUCUUUCAGUAAAGACUGGUCUUUCUAUCUUCUGGUCCACAGUGAAUUCACACCCAAUGGCAAAGACCAAUAUAGCUGCCGGGUGAAACAUGUCACUUUGAAAAAUCCGGAAGUAGUUGUGUGGGACCGAGACAACUAAACAGCAUCAUGGAGAUCUGAAGAUAGCUCAUUUGGAUGGGACUAAUUCCAAAUUGUUUUCAUCUUUUUAAUAUUGAUAUGCUUAUAUACUUUAUGCAUAAAAUUGGUGAGGCUAUAAUGAUACAAAUAUAGGUAUAAUCUUUGCAGUUCUACUUUGGGCUCUGUCUUCAUUUGGGGGCCUGGCAAGAGCACUAUGGUAACUCAACGUGGGAAGAAGAAAAUUCUCAUGUCCAUCAUCAACAUCUUGGUCAAAUCUGAACUCUCCUGUCUCUUCUGUACACAAAAGCUGGAUAGUAAAACAGUUGUGCAUGUUCUAAUUUGCAUACUCUGCUGACAAUUUGGGGUAAAAUUUUAGAAAUAUAAUUGACAGGAUUAUUGGAAAUUUGUUAUAAUUGACGGAACUAUAAAUUUCAUAUCUUAAAGUGUGAUACUAGCUUAUGUAUAUUUUUAUUUCUUAAUUAAAACAAUGGCCAAAUU